UCUUGGCAACUGCAAGGAACCGUUGCGUUGUGGUUACUGUCGUUAGUUACUCACUUCGAUCAGUUGCGAGUAGACGUGUUUUUUAAACAGCCACGAAAAUCUCAAAUUUCACAAUGAAAAGAGAAAGAUCUUCUGAAAGAAACAGCAAGAGUGUGUCUAAGAGGCGCCGUAUAGAGGCCUCUUCAGAUGACAGUCGUCAGUGGUACGAGGUGAUGGUUGCCCUGGCGGCCAAAUCAGCUUGCAAGCAAGUCUUUGCUUCUGCUGUUCAUGAAUGGAGAGAUCACAUUCGAGACUGGCGUGAACUGACCAGUGCCAUCAACAGUUCUGAUGAGCGUAGGGAGCUUCCUACCAUACCACAACCUACGAAUCACAUUGAAUGGUUGGCCAGAGUCAAUUUUAAGCAUAGGCCAGUGCGCCGCUAUGACAUACCAGAACAGAGACGCUGUGACGUCCCAAAGCAGAGACGUCAUCACAAAGUCUCCAAGAAACAAGAUUUGGAUUCCUCCUUUUGUGUCUACUAAAGAGGAGAGCGAUAUUGGUUAUGCAUGGUCGCAAAUGGUGUGCAAAUGUCAGAAACCGAACCGCCACUACCAUCUCUGUACCAAUGGGCUCGACAUUGAUGUUUCACGUCCCUUAUGGAUUGCAUGCUGGGGUAGUUGCAUGUGAUACUGAACAUGGGCAUAUAUAGACAAGACAUGCAGAUAUACAUGUGUUGUAUUAUU